AUGGUGCUAAUGGCAACACACAAGCCGUGUAAAGCCAACAAAGGAAAAAAAGAUGGUGCUACCCAGCCUAAAUAUUAUAUCACACUGAAUGCAAGUGUUUUCAGUCAAACCAGUUUAGCAAAUGCUACAAUAGUGACUGUGAAACCAAUGCUGCCCGUAUUAAGUAUAAAUCCAUUGGCAAGGCUAUUGAAUGAAGGCAGUACAGUUGAAAUCACAGCCAAUGCCAGCAACGUGGUACCGUCUUGCUCCCUGUCUUGGUACUUCGCGUCGGAGGAAUACCAAGCUGAGUCGGAAACUGCAAUAAAUGAUACAUGUGAAGAUUGUCAGCACGGCGAAGCACUAACUGACACGCUAACAGUGCACUCGCUUGAGGAGCAGUUCCUAAGCGAGUUAGCUGACUACACAAACGACACAGAGUGGAGGCAGGUGACUACUACCUUCCUAGCCAGACCGGGCCGAGCACGAUUUGUGGCACAAUGUGGAUGCUCCCUUACGUUCAGCUGUGACACUGAAGGAGUGGUGUAUGCUGAUGUAUGGUUCCAGCUGAAUAAAAGCCCGAAAGCUGGCGAUGUGAUUAUUUCACCUGAAUCAGGAACUGCGAUGGAGACCGAGUUUCGCAUCAGUACUCUGCCCGUAAAUGAUCCAGACAUCCCCUUACAGUACUCGUUCUACUGCCGAAUAGGGGAUGAAUCGUUGCUACUGGCCUCAUAUAUCGAACAUCGCGCUGUGGAGACCAUUUUACCCUAUAUUGAGGCCGGCACAGAAGUUUGGGUGCAGGUAUGCGAUGCCUUCGGCGCGUGUUCUGACGGCGACCCAACAACACUAGUGCUAGCGCCAGGCUCCGCUCGCACGGUCGACGCACUCAUUGACGUCACACAGGCGCAUAUCAGGCGCUGCGAAAUUAUUCCCUUGGCGCGAAUAUUGCAGUCGGCUAUAGUGACUUACAACGUUAGUACCUAAUAAAGUAUACAGUAUAAGUUUACUACGAGUAGGUAUAAUUCAUAUUAACAAAAAAUAAUCUAAACGUAUAG